CUUCAUUUCCAUCCAAUUCUUGGCUAAUUCCCUCAAAAAUGGCAGCCAAGAAAUCUAAUUCUAUGGCCAUUUUAAUUUUCCUUUUCCUUCUUUGUCACAUAAACUUCUCUAUAGUCGAAUCAGCCAGUAAAAUACGCGCUCGUCACCCGUGUAAAACCCUAAUGUUUUAUUUCCAUGACAUAAUCUACAAUGGUGAAAAUGCCAAAAAUGCAACUUCAGCUAUAGUUGGAGCUCCAGCAUGGGGAAAUUUUACAAAAUUGGGAGGACAAAACCAUUUUGGAGAUUUAGUUAUUUUUGAUGAUCCAAUUACUCUGGAUAACAAUCUUCAUUCAACUCCAGUUGGAAGAGCUCAAGGUUUUUAUUUUUAUGAUAAAAAAGAAAUAUUUACUUCAUGGUUAGGGUUUUCAUUUGUUUUCAAUUCUACUGAACAUAAGGGUAGUAUUAAUUUCGCUGGAGCUGAUCCAUUGAUGAACAAGACUAGGGAUAUUUCAGUAAUUGGUGGAACUGGUGAUUUUUUCAUGGCAAGAGGAAUUGCUACUCUCAUGACUGAUGCCUUUGAGGGUGAAGUUUAUUUUCGACUUCGUGUUGAUAUUAAACUUUACGAGUGCUGGUAAUAAUUUUAGAAGUUAUUAUUGUUGUUGUUAUUGUCACCGUGUUUCUUUUUUUGGUAUGGAGGGAAGAAGAGGUUGUUUGUUUCUGUCUUUAUGUUAGAGGGUUUAUUGUUGGUUAAAGAAUCCAAGAAUUUUGUCCAAUAUGCACCAUUUAAUUUCCACUUUAAGUUUUUUGUAUUGAUAAUGUAAAAGUAUUAAAUACAAGGAAAAAUGUUCAAAUUUAUUUU